AUGAACAAUUCCCUGGAUUACCUGGCCUACCCUGUUAUCGUCUCUAAUCACAGGCAAAGUACAACCUUCAGGAAGAAACUGGACUUUGGCCACUACCUAUUGCACAAGAAUAGAGUACAAAUAGUGAAGCCGACUGUUGAUACCAAACCUCCAAUGGCGCACACACAUCACAUUCUAAAACUGAGCAAACUCCAGGGAGAACAAAAGAGAAUCGACAAAAUCGAAUACGAAAAUAAACAACUGUGUCAGAAAAUUGCCAACGCCCAUCGCGGCCCUGCCAAGUUGGACUGCUGGAAUGAGUAUCUUUCGAAAAGCUUAAACAGAGAAGCAAGGAACCGAGAGCUAGUGAAAAUCACCAUGGAAAACCAGGGCAUCCUAAAGAGGCUGGGCGACCGCAAACCCCACUAUGACCGCAGGGCAUCGGAGGUGGACUGGCAGAAUUCAAGGCGCUAUAUCAGAAACACAACAAGAUAUCUUCUCCCCCACGAAGAAUAGACACAAGGUUACUCACCAUGGAAAAGACACAGAGAAGACCCAGGAUUUCUUGGCUGCUUAGAAUCUCAAGACACUCCAGAGUGACCGCAUGUUCCAUCUUAGAAUGUUCCAAUAAAGCUUGGCACAUGAAACAGGGCAUGCAAACGGAA